AUGAGGGAGUACCCAAUACUUACCAUACCAAGUGGACAAUUUACAGUUAUCGAUGGUUUUCUUAUAAGUUUGGACAACCGAACAGCCAACGACAUUUCCUCAGAAUCAGCAAAGGAGCUGCUAACUCCCGGAAGUUGGUAUAUUCUCAAAAACUCCUACAAUCCAAUAUCCUUGACAGUUUUACAAUUAAUGAGCUCCAAUUACAUGUUUACCAACCAUCCCCUCUUAUUAUUUGUCCUAAGACCAACUGUCUAUGUCAGGUUUGUUAGAAAGAAUAAUAAAUACCAUUGUGUGAAAACAAAUAAAGCACAUGGAACUCAUAAAGCUUUUGCACUAGACUGCGAAAGAACAGAUGAACCAAAGACGAAAUUUAUUGUAUUUACGCAUCCUUUACAGAACACAGUUAAUUCUUUCAGUAAGAUAUACACACAACAGAUGAAUGAAAAGUUACGAAUUCUUCAAACCUUUGAAUCCAUACAUGACACGAAAGUAAGCAAUCUCACUUUGAAGAAUCUGAAAGGAUUUGAUCUUCCUGAUAUCAUGUUUAUCCCAGAAGAAAUAAUGCUAAAUAUAAAGCUCCCGAUAACUCGAGCCAAAAUAGAACAAUUAAAAAUUAAAGAAGAAUCAUCUAAAAUGAAACAGAUAGAAAAGUUAGAGGAGAGCCUAUAUAAUAUUAGUCUAGAAAAGAACAUUUGGAGAUUAAACAAGAUGAAAGAGUAUUUAGAGGCUGAUAAGAUGAUGAAUGGUGGCAGAACUUUAGGUUUCGAAGUAAUGUUUAACAAAUGUAAAAUCCAACUGGUAAAGAAUCUCAAACUUAUUAGCAAGUACGUAUAUCCUCGUCUUAUAAAGCAGUGGUUUAAGGAAUCUCAGGAGCUUACAUGUCUAGUUGUUGCCAUUUCAGAGCGCUACACAGUUGUCGAUAAAUAUGUGGUGGACACACAGGAGAGAAAGCUUAUAGAUCCCGAAGUUUUACGACGCUCAGGUACAGA